CUGGCAGCGGAGAGGCAGAAGAGACUGAAACACAGCUGAUUCACAGAGACUCCACGCACUCGGAGAAAGAGCACAGUCAUGCGGCCCAGGUCCAGACUUUUGGCAAAGAGGGGGCUCCCCACCAUCAGAGAAGGCUCUGAGGAGCUUGUCCAAGACCUGAACCAGACCAACAGCCAGCACACAAGCACCCAGGACUACUUCCUCUCUAUCUGUCAGUUAGCUCGCCCUACUUUCCCCCUGCAUGAGCCCGACUGCGAUAUCCUCUCCAUAAAUCCGUUAGACUCGCCCAAACCAUGCCUGAGACUGCACAGACUUCGCCAGCCACCACGACCUCUCACCCCAGCUGCCUGCACCUCCACACAAGUGUGCGUGGCCACAGAGAAUGAGAAAGAAGCGGGAGAAAAGAGCUCUCAUUUGGAACAAGCGAGCAUCGGAGCGAGUCACAGCAACACGGCAGCGGGUGCUGGUUCUGCAGACCCGCUGGAGUUCCUCUACAGUCACAACGGUGCCGCGGCAUUCUCCAGGAGAGCCACGGUACCCGUCCGCCGAGCCCGCAGCGAAAGCUUCCCGCGACCCUGCUCAUCCCCUGACGCCCCACGCAAAAGCAGCUGCCCUGAGAUCUGCCUGAUUGACCCAGCUCCUGCCCUUGUGCAACGCUCACCACUGAACAAAAAAAAGCUAGACAACAGCAACUCGGGGGUACGUCGCAACUCCACUCCUGCUCAGUGCAAGUUGGACAGCGCCCCUGCUGGCUGGAAGGAGAAGAGCGGGCAUUGCACAGACAAACAGACGAUCGUGUCCCACUGGAUCGCGGAAUGUCGGACCGCCUGGAAAGAAGCCAGGAUUCGGGCAUGCAUGCUGCCAGCCAUUGCCGAGAAGUAA